GAGAGGCGUGGCGGUGGUUGGCAGAGUCGUGUGUGUGCGGGGCUCGGGGCUGGUGCCGGCGGAGGCGGAGGCCUCGUCCGGUCCUGAGCGUCCCGGCCGUCCGGCCCGCCCUGCCCUGCCCUGCCCUGCCCGCCCCCGGCCGCCCCAAGGAGCCCCGGCCGAGCAGGGCGGACCCCGCCCGGGGGACCAGCAGCAGGAGGAGGAGGAGGAGGAGGCCGCCGCGGGACCGGGCUCGGGCGCGGCUCCCGGACUCGUCCUCCGGGGCAAGCCGGCGGCGGCGGCCCCGGCCCGUGCCCUCCCUCCCUCCCUCCGUCUGUCCGUCCGUCCCGGCUGCGCCAUGGCGGCGGCAGCGGCGGCCCAACAACCCGGCGGCGGCAGCGGCGGCGGAGAGCUUGGCGGUUAUCAGCAGUUGCAGAACGAGGAGGAAUCUGGCGAGGCGGAACAAGCGGUCAAUGAUGCGCCUCCACCAUACAGCAGCAUCUCGGCAGAGAGCGCUGCUUAUUUCGACUACAAAGAUGAGUCGGGGUUUCCAAAGCCCCCUUCCUAUAACGUGGCCACAACCCUGCCUACUUACGACGAGGCUGAAAGAACUAAAGUCGAAGCCACCAUCCCCUUGGUUCCAGGAAGGGAUGAUGACUUUGUGGCCCGAGAUGAUUUUGAUGAUGCUGACCAGCUGCGGAUAGGAAACGAUGGGAUUUUCAUGUUAACUUUUUUCAUGGCGUUCCUCUUUAACUGGAUCGGGUUUUUCCUGUCUUUCUGCCUGACCACCUCAGCUGCAGGUAGAUAUGGCGCCAUUUCAGGGUUUGGCCUGUCUCUGAUCAAGUGGAUCCUGAUCGUCAGGUUUUCCACCUAUUUCCCGGGUUACUUUGAUGGGCAGUACUGGCUCUGGUGGGUUUUCCUCGUAUUAGGCUUUCUCCUGUUUCUCAGAGGAUUUAUCAAUUAUGCAAAGGUUCGGAAGAUGCCAGACACCUUUUCAACCCUUCCCAGGACCAGAGUUCUCUUUAUAUACUAAAGAUGUUUUCUGGCAAAUGCCUUCCUGCCUUUACGAAUUCCCCCCAAGAAGCAACAGGACACGGGCAGGAAGUGAAUCAAGAUUCCGAACCCAGAAGAACAAAUAAUCACCUGCUUUAAAAAAAAAAAAAAAAAAAGGAAGUACUGUUGAAGAAGAACAUUUCUCUCUCCCUAUCUCGCUCUCUCUCCCUCCCUCUCUCUCUCUCUCUCUCUCUCUCUCCCUCUCUCUCUCUCUCUCUAUUGGUGUACCAUUUUAAUAGUUACUGCAGAAAUCUGUAAUCAUUAAAUCAUUAGUGGCUAAUGUUUGAGGAAGCUAUCUCGCAAUUCAGUCUGUGAUGUACUAAUGCCUUAUACAAUAUAUUGUUUGUAGUCAUUUAAAUGGCAUGAGCAGAGCCCCUGUUAGUCAGUAGGGGGCGGGCUUGCUUUAUUCAUUCUCCAUCUUUCAGUGAACUGGGGAUUCCAUAUUUGAGUGUAAGAUAUGUUUCAAUGCUGGCCAUUUGGAAGGGGUGUUCUCAAAAGUUGGAAAAACUUCGGUUACAACUGCGUUUCUGCACAGGAGAUGUAUUUGCCGUUGAAAAUAAAUCUCUAAAUCUAGUCCAUUGUGCUGCGUCUACACCUAGAAGCAGAAUCAAUGCAAAAAUCCACAAGGUAAAGUCAGGCACGAUGGUUCUUACUCGGAAGGAAGCACGAAAGUGGUUGUUUUUGAGAGUUAUUACUGUAAAGUUUGCAGUGUUUUAACUUCUGUACUGCCUACUUUGGAAUUUCAUAAGCAUUUUCACUGUGUGCAGGGGUGGCAUCAAUGACAGAUCACAAAAUUACUGUCACUCUUUCGAUCUCUCUCUCAAAACCGUUUCUGUUGUGCUGGUCUUUUGGCAAAAAAGGGGAAUUGGUUUUGGGACUUUUGAGGUGAUCGCUAACAAAACUGAACCGCAGUAGUUGGUUUUCUAAGGUGUUUGCAGAUGAUCCCUUACAGAACUGAACUAUUCACCUUUAUAAUGUGUUAGCAGGAACUCUAAGAUGCGGUUACAAGUAUAGACUGAUGUACACUUUUGUGCUUUCUGCCAAGUGGUAAUUCACCUUGAAGUUUUACUAUGUUAAAACUGUAAAUAUAGCAGAACGUGAAUAAAUGUCACUUAUGGUA